AUUAACUUUAAACGCGCAAAAGUCAGUCGAGGAAACAGAGCCAGAGCCAGAGCCAGAGUCAGAGUUAGUGCCAGAGUCAGCAGAGUCGUCGCCCAGUCGUCGUUUCCGUUUAGCAGUUUGCCAUCGCCUUUUGCCCCGACAAAACCAAGAUCAAGAUGCAGAUCCACCAGGCUGUACUCGGAGCCGCUGUGCUCGGCAUGCUGUUGGCCUUCAGCUGCUCUCUGCCCGUUCUGGACAUCAGCUCGGGCAUCGACAACGCCACCAUUGAAGAGCUGCGGGCCAGUGUAAAUGAUACGCCCAAGAAUCUGUACGUGGUGAAGGCAGUUGUCUAUGAGAUUGGCAUCCUCACCGAGGUGGGGGAGAACGACACCAGCUUCGAGAGCCAGGAGCGUGUGGACCUCACCUUCUACGACACGCACAGCAACAAGAGCCACAUCGACCUCGGCAACAUACCCCUGCCCAUCCAGACGAACGUCACGGGUCAGGUGCUCACCGGCAUUGCCCCCGUGAACCUUGGCGCAUUCAGCAGCCCCCAAGAGCUGCUCGAAACGCUGCCACUCACCGGCAGCAUUGUGAACAUCACCCACAGCGACACGGCCUUCUAUCAAUUGAGCAGAUCGAACACCAGCGCCGCUGACAAGCCCCAGGUUCUGGACAAGGACUCGCUCGCCCAGCUGACGCACGCCUCGCAGCUCUUUCCGCCCAGCAGCAGCAUAGGCCAGUCGCUGCCAGUGAACCCAGCAGCGGACAACGAGGUGGCAGUGGUCGACCAGGAUCAGGCUACCAGUUAGACAGGAUCUGAAACUAUAGUACGUGAUGCAGUGCGUUGCUCUCCCAUAUACCUUUAGGCUAACAUAGCUAGUUACAAACAUAUAUCCUUCAUUACUCAUUCUCUCACACAAAUGCCGCCAACAGUUGCCAUGAUCACACAUCCAUCUAUUUCUAUUUCACUUUUCUAAUGUAAAGUAAAAAUAAAUUUCGCAUUAGUGCUAGGUAA